GACCCAUCGCAGGUACCAGCAGGCUCCUCAGAGGAGGUGGGGUCACAACUCGGUUGAGUUGGGAGCUCAGAGGCGCAGCUGACAAGAAAUCUUCGCGUGGAAAACUUCAUCCACGUACAGGAACUAUAACAUUUUGUGAACUCUGUCUGGAUUCAAGUUUGUUCAGAGACAAAAUCUAAACAUCAGACUUUUAGAGGGUGGAGAGGAAAUCUGCCCAGGAAUGCCUCUGAACACACUCCAUCGCUGGGACAGGUGCCCCAACAUGCACGCCGAGAUUUAUGUCCCCCUCUUCUUAGCCCUGGUGCUCCUCAAAGUCCAGCAGGGCACAGCGGUGCAGGAGAUCCAAACCAGCCAUGACAACAUUGUCAAGAUCAGCUCAGCAGCAGACAUGAUGCAGUGCUCUUCAGCAAUGGACAUCCUUUUUUUAAUGGACAGCUCCUACAGCAUGGGGAAGGGCAGUUUUGAGAGGUCCAAACACUUUGCAGUCAAGCUGAGCCAAGCCUUGGAUAUUGGACCUGACAAGGUCCGAGUGGGUCUGAUUCAGUUCGGUUCUGUGCCUCGGCUGGAGUUUUCCUUGGAUUCCUUCUCCAACAAGCAGGAGCUGAAAAAGCACAUGAAGAAGAUCUCCUUCAGGGGCGGAGGCACUCAGACCGGCUUGGCUCUAAAAUACAUCUUGAGGAAGGGUUUUCCGGGUGGCCGUAACUCCUCCAGCGUGCCCCGCAUCGCCAUCCUCCUGUCAGAUGGGAGGUCUCAGGGCAGCGUGGCGCAGACAGCCGCAGAGCUCAAAGAGACAGGCAUGGUCUUGUUCGCCGUCGGCCUGCGUUACCCAAAGUGGGAAGAGCUGCACGCUCUCGCAAGCGAGCCAAUAGAAAGCCACGUUUUCUUUGCAGAGCAUUUCCAGGACGCUGUCAACGGCGUGUUCACAACGCUGACAUCCUUGUCUUUCUGCAACGCCACACCUGCAGGAUGUCUAGUGGAGUCGUUCCCUUGUGAGAGGAAGACACUGGAGACACAGAAGAAGCUGCAGGGGAAUUUCAUGUGCUGGAAAGGCUCAAAGGGGUAUUCCCCAUACACGUCUACAUGCCCCUACUACAGCUACAACAGGAUUUACAUGAAACACCAGACUGUCUGCCAUCGAACCAUCUGUCCAGAUCCCUGCGACUCCCAGCCGUGUCUGAACGGGGGGACAUGUGUCUCAGAAGGCCCGGAUGGCUUUCACUGCGUUUGUCUUCCUGGCUAUGGAGGAGACCCUCACUGCGCUCCUGCUUUGUCCUUGGACUGCUCUGUAGAUUUGCUCUUCCUCUUGGAGGGCUCUUCCUCACUCACUUUAGAAGGCUUCCUGCGUUUCAAGUCCUUCCUAAAGCGCUUUCUCCAGACGGUCAUCGGCUCCGACAGCCCCAGCAAAGUUGGUCUUGCGGUGUUUGGUGCAGAGACUCGACUGGAGGUCCAGGUUGGGAAGUUCAGAAGGAACCUGGGGGGUUUUCUCAGGGCCGUGGAUGCACUUCAGUCGCCUGGGGGCCAAACUCUGACAGGCCAGGCGCUCCGCCACGCCACCCGUCACGGCUUCGUGAGUGCGCCGGCCUUCGCUGACGUUACAGAUGACCUCCCCCGGGUGGUGGUGCUGCUCACCGCCAAUCCUGCUGCUGACGAGGUAAUCGAAGCCUCAAAGUAUGCGCGGGACCGAGAGAUCUUCCUCAUAGGAGUGGGACCCGAUUUCCUGAAGGGUCAGCUGAAUAAUAUGACCGGAAACCCCCAAAGGACUCUCACCUACUCUUCACCCGACAGGCUAAGCGAGAAAUUACCCGAGCUAAAGGCCAAGAUCUGCAGCGUGGAUACUCAAGGUUGCCUGGGUCAAGCAGUAGACCUGGUGUUUGCCCUGGAUGCCUCAGCUGCUGUUGGCCGUGAAAACUUUGCCGUCCUGCGGGACUUUGUGCGCAGCAUCACCGUCCAGUUCGACAUCAACCGAGACGUGGCUCAGGUCGCUCUCGUGGCUUACAGUCGCAAAGCCUCCACCGUCUUCCGCUUGGACGCCCACGAGACCGGCUCCGUCGUCCUCAAGGCGGUGGGCGAUGCCAGCUACAUGGGUGGGGUGGCGUCCUCGGGCGCCGCUUUACUCCACAUUUACUCCAACGUCCUAACCGUGGCUAACGGCGCCAGGCCUGGGGUCAACAAAGCCGUGGUGGUGCUGACGGAUGGUUCGGGCGGGGAAGAUGCAGUGGUGCCGGCUCAGAAGAUAAGAGACAGCGGCGUCUCCGUUUUUAUAGUCGGGGUUGGAGCCGUGCAGAGAGAGAAGCUGGCGAGGAUCGCAGGUUCAGAGGAUCACAUGAUAUCCGUCCCGUCUUAUGAGGAACUCAAGUACUUUGAAGAUGUACUGGUGCAGAUGUUGUGUUCAGAUGUAAAGAAACCAGUAAAUCUGUGCAAACCCAACCCCUGUAUGAACGGCGGGACCUGCAUCCUGUCUGGAGGAAGCUUCCGGUGUCAAUGCAGAGACUAUGAAGGACCUCACUGUGAAAGAAGAAGCAGCGGCUCGCCAUCCAGAGGGGAUCGUCCCAGACCUGCAGGCCUGAGGAGGAAGAGCAGACAGAAGAAGAGCCACCAGGAGCUCCUGCAUCGCUACAAACUUCACCGUCGACGACACGUCGCUUGACGUACGAGACGCGUCAGGCACGAUUAGAGUGGAGAAAAAGGGAUUCCUGCUGUUUAAAGCUGCACAAGUGCCAUGUACUGGUCAUAAAUGCAUUCUUUACAUGAUGGGAACUUCAAUCUUAUCAUUGUUUUUAAACCAUCUGUACGUUUAUCCAAGAUAGACGUUUUAUAAUUUCACUCCAGGGUAGGAGGAGAUUUGAUUUAAAUCCAUUUUUCUAUUGCAAUUACAGAAAUUGUGCUUAUUUAUUAAACUGUUGCAUGACUUCA